AUCAACCACGACUUGGAAAACAUACUUUAGCACACCUGUUGAAAUUGUACAAGCUGCAGGUGCUAGGAUACACUCAAACCAGAAUUCUGUUUAUCUUUAAAUCAAAUCUUUAACUUCAAAUUACUUUUCCCCAGUCUCCCUGCUACGUUAUGUUCUCCGCCUAUAAAUACCAUCAGGAUCAAAUUAGCUUACUCCACUGCAAAUGCAGCAAGCAGCUGCAGAUGUCGCCUGCAGCUGUCCAUUCUGUCCAGAAUGCAGGACCAGGAAAAUCUGGUUACUUGAAUGGGCCACAAAAGAAAUUCAGUGAAGAAGAACAGAUGGCUCAGCAGGCCCGCCAAAAGAUUCAAGCUCGUCUGAAAAUGGCAAAGCUAUUUCAGCAAUACAGGGCUCAGCUGAUCUCCAAUAAACAUGAUGUCACCGUAACCUCACACCCUCCGUCAAAGGAGGAAAAGAUCUGCCUCACUGUGUAUGAAAACAAGAAAGUUGUGCCACUCACUGUGAAGAACUGUGGUGUCAAAACGGUCACUUUAACUUUUUGGGCUUUUGACCUCGUGAAGAACAUUUUCACUGUCAGAGACUGUCAUGGAGACCUUAUCCAGACUAUGAAGCAACUCCCUCUUGGACCAGGAGAGUCAUACAAAAUCAAGGUCCAUUUCGACUCUGAGCAUGCAGGCUUCUAUGAACAGUUACUGGUCUUUCAAAUUGAAUCAUACCAGCAGUCCUCAGAUAAAUUAGAGAUUAUGCGUAUCUUGGAAGUCAUACAUCGGACAUCAUUUAGUGAAGAGCCCCUCCCUACAGCCACAACCUCAGUGAGCAACCUCCAAACAAUGAAUUGGACACCUGCUGAAGGUGUUGGAUUGACGUGGCUUAAGCUUGUGGUGCCUUUGAAGGGUUAUCCGAUGCCCGAUAAUAUGAAAGACCCCAAGAAAGCUGACAUGGACCUGGAAAAGAUGCCUCUGAACUGGGGGACCUACUGCCGGAGGUUCCAAAUGCUGCUGCAUGUGGAAGAGCUCCAGUUGAAGACAGAUAUUGAGAAAUUCAACCAGAAUGCGAAAAUGUUUAGACACAAAAGCAACGCAUUCCUUCUCAUUCUGCAGCUUGCAGGUGUCUUUAAGAACUCACCAAUGAGGCUGUUGGGGAACAAUGUGCUGGUGACUGCUUUAAACCAGCCAGGAGUUUUUGAAAAUAAAAUAUACAAUGGCUGGGUCCAUCAUGUGGAUGCAGAGCAUGUCUACCUGCAAUUCAGUGAAGAGUUCCUGAAUUGUUUCAAGGAGGGCACGAGGUACCGAUUUAACUUCUAUCUCGGCCGUAUGCCCCUGCGUAUCCAGCAUAGAGCAGUGCAGCUGGCAUACACGAGCAGACUGAAGGAGGUGCUGUUCCCUACUGGACGAUUUUCUUCUCACCAUUCACAUCUACACAGACUGGUAGAACUUGGGGACAACCCAGAGCAGCAAAAGGCGGUUCAACACAUUGUAGCUGCUUCGGCAAAACCUGCCCCCUACCUGGUAUUUGGUCCACCUGGCACAGGCAAAACAGUGACUUUGGUGGAAGCCAUCAAGCGGAUAGUGGAAACGCAGCCCUCAUGCAACAUCCUGGUUUGCGCUCCUUCCAACAGUGCAACUGAUCAUCUCUUUGAGAAGAUUCUGGAAGGAAAGAUAGGAGAGCACGAGGUGUAUCGCUUGUUCGCCCUAAGCUGCCCUGUGAGAAAUAUUCCCCAAAAUAUAAAGUCUUGCUGCAACCUGAACCGCAAAACAAACACACUUAUGAUGCCCCCUAAAGAGGAGCUGAUGAAGUAUAAGAUCAUGGCCACCACCCUGCUAACUGCAGGAAGGCUAGUGACAGGAGGGAUUCCUGUAGAUCAUUACACUUAUAUAUUUGUGGAUGAGGCAGGCCAGGCUACAGAAACAGAGUGUAUCGUCCCUAUAGCAGGUUUACUGAAACAGAAAUGCCAGUUAGUGCUAGCUGGAGACCCUAAACAGUUAGGCGCCAUCAUCACAUCCAGAGUGGCAGAGAAACAUGGCUUGGGUGUGUCCCUGUUGGAGCGUCUGAUGAACGAUAUCAACCUUUACAGGUCACAUGAGACACACGGGUUUAACAACCGUUUUGUAACCAAAUUACUGAGGAACUACAGGUCCCAUCCUGCAAUUCUGAAAAUUCCCAAUGAGCUCUUUUAUAAUGGAGAACUUCAGCCUUAUGCUCAUAAAGAGAAAUGCAAUUCAUAUCGCAAAUGGGAACACCUGCCCAAGAAAGGUUUCCCUUUGAUCUUCCAUGGAGUGGCAGGUACCAAUGAACGUGACGCCAGCAGCCCCUCUGUUUACAACAUGGCAGAGGUGGAGGUGUUGAAGGAAUACUUAAAAACCCUCGUUGAUCAUCUUAAAAGAAAGGGUGUGACCAAAAUUCAACCGAGAGAGAUUGGUAUCAUUGCCCCAUACAGAAAACAAGUGGAGAAAAUCCAGAAAGCCCUUAAAACAGACAAAGAUCUCAUGAAGAUAAACUUGGAAAACGUAUUGGUUGGUUCAGUGGAGCAGUUUCAGGGUAAAGAGUUCAACGUGAUUCUGGUGUCUACGGUGCGCAGCAAUCCCAAACUGACUGCACACAAGCAAAGAUUCACUAUAGGCUUUGUUGAUAAUGAGAAGAGGUUCAACGUGGCAAUGACACGAGCACGAGCCUUGCUGAUUGUGGUUGGAGACCCAAGAGUCUUGAAAACUGACCAAAUCUGGAACAAAUUAAUCUAUUACUGCUUCCAACAAGGGGCUUAUCGUGGCAUUAUAGUCUCUGAUGCAGAGGAAGAGGAAAGUCCAUUGACUGAUGCACACUCACCGAGCCUCUGUGAAGAAGGACUCAACAGCAGCUGGACCCCUGUUGAAAGAACCAACAGACCUUGCACACUCAUCUCUCUCUGCUCUAGUAUUUAACAUAAAAAUAAAGAAGUGGUUGAGAAAUUGAGAACUAAGUGUGCAGUUGACUCAGGACAGAACUGUCUGUCUUAAAGCAUAUCUACAAUUGUAUUUUAUUUAAAUUCUACAAACAUUUCUAAUGGUACAUAAAUAGAAUUAGAGUGAUACGUUUCCUAUUAGAUUGACUUUGUAAGUAUCUCCUAUCUAACAAAUCUACCAACAUCAUUAGAGAGUUAUGUUAAACUGGGCUAUAGAUAUCUUUCGUCUUGUUCAGACUAACCUAAAAUGAACAAGAUUGCUUCACAAAAAUAUAGACUGACUAAUUUUAAGACCAAAAAGUUUGUAGGAAAUUCUGCUGGAUGCGUGUCUUUUCGCCGACAUCCAUUUCCUUCUGCUUUCUUUGUGUUGGAAUUUAAAACUCUGCAUAGGUGUGAUGGCAUAAUAAUCCAUGACGAUGUACACUGCCGACGGUGUAGUCUAUCCACACGUUAGAGUCACACAGUGACAGUCUCCUUCGGUAGGUUAUCCAUGGCACAAUCCACUCGUCAUACAAGGGGAAAUUUGUCUUGGACACAGUGCUUCACAUAAAAAAACAACAUGAAAACACCUUAAAACAUAAGAGACAUUUGACUAUUGUAGGAAUUUGUGCACUCAAAAAUAAAGAUUAUAAGAGGGAAUUCUAAAUUUUUAUUUUGCACAACUCCAAGAUGAAAUGUUUUAUCCAGCCACAUAAAUCAUAUUAGCGUAUGUACUAUAAUAGAGAAAUAGUCCUCCUUGUGGGCUACACAAGAGAGUUCAAUUAUGAAUUUGCAAAGGUCUUUUUAGGGUUAAGUGACUGAGAUGCAUCACACACUUUUGGACACACAUAACAUUUACCGUAACUACAAGUAAUAAACACUACAAUUACAUUUGACAAACAAGACACAAGGAAAAGGGGAAACUGGUACACAAGGCUAUAUAAUGAGUGAAGGUUUUGUAGACUACUUGUUUGCUAUCUUCUCGUGGAAUCCGAAGUUAGAUGUGUUCACAAACGUGCUGGGGUGAUGAGUAUGUUGACCGGUCAGGAUUUAAAAAGUUCCCAUUGGAAGGCUCUCCUAGUUUCUUAACUGGUGAAACUGGCUCUUAGAGGUGAGUAAUGAUGUUCAAUGAUGAUGAUGGAUCUUUCUCCAAGUGGCACUAACAGCUCACACUGGGGUGUGAUCUGGUCUUUCCAUCUUGAUGGCUCUUAAGGG